AAACUUACACUUGACUAUUCCCUUUUGUUUUCUCCCAAGUAAAUCAACCAAGGCUUGGUUUAUGUAACUAGCAAGGUAAAAAAAUUGAUGAUAAAAGUAAAGAGAAAAACAGAUAAAAAAGAAACAAACACAACAGGAGAACUCAAGGAGAAAGAUUCUCCUCUUGUAGCUGGUUUGUUUUGUUUUGUUUUGGCAACAAGAUAAAUAAUUUAAGCAAGCCAAGCUAAGGUAAGCUCUCUCUCUGGGCAAGAAAGAAAGGAAGAAAGAAUAUUGAGAGUGCAUAUAUUUAUAAAUUUCAAGCACCCUUUAUUCCAAGAUUUGAAGGGAGUGAGAUGGUGGGCUCAGGAGGAGGAUCAGAUAGAAGCAAAGAAGCUGUAGGGAUGAUGGCCCUUCACGAGGCCCUUAGAACAGUCUGUCUUAACUCAGACUGGACUUACUCUGUCUUCUGGACCAUCCGUCCCCGCCCGAGGGUCAGAGGUGGAAAUGGUUGCAAAGUAGGAGAUGACAAUGGAAGCUUGAUGCUGAUGUGGGAAGAUGGGUUUUGCAGAGGAAGAGUUGCAGAGUGUAUGGAAGAGAUGGAUGGAGAAGAUCCUGUGAGAAAAGCCUUCAGCAAAAUGUCUAUCCAGUUAUACAACUAUGGAGAAGGGUUGAUGGGUAAAGUUGCUUCUGAUAAGUGCCAUAAAUGGGUGUUCAAAGAGCCUUCUGAAAGUGAAACAAACAUAUCUAACUACUGGCAGAGUUCAUUUGAUGCUGUUCCUCCUGAAUGGACUGAUCAGUUUGAGUCAGGGAUCCAGACCAUUGCGGUUAUUCAAGCUGGCCAUGGUCUUCUGCAACUAGGUUCUUGCAAGAUUAUACCUGAAGAUUUGCAUUUUGUGCUGAGAAUGAGGCAUACCUUUGAAUCACUGGGCUACCAAUCUGGAUUCUAUCUAUCCCAGCUAUUCUCUUCCACCCGUGGAAAUGCUUCGGCUUCUUCUGCAGUACCUAUAAAGCAACCCCACAUGCCGACCCGCCCUCCUCCCCUUUUCAACUGGGGACCGAGGCCUAUGGCGUCAACAGCUUCAGUAAUGCAAUCCCCAAAUUUUCAGAACUCGGCGAGACUUGGUUUUCCUCAGUCCAAAGACGAAACUCACAUGUUUCUCCACCCGCAUUCAGCAGAACCACAAAUGGAAGAUAUGAUGGGUGAUCAUGAUAAUGACAUCAAAUGGCCCAAUGGUUUGACUUUCUUCGGCGCCCUUACUGGAAGAACUGAUGAUGCCAAGCUCUUGUUUAAUCCCGAGGGCAUGGGAGGCAAAUCCGAGCAAAGUCACCAUCAAAAUCCAAACGACGAUUUAAGUGCAAAUCCCAACGAGUUCCUGAGCUUAGAUAGCCAUUCUGACGGAGCAAGGAAGAUGGAAAACAAGUACAAGAGGAGCUAUACUUUGCCCACCAGGAUGACUUCUUCAUCUUCUUCAACUUCAAUGGAUCAUCAUCAACACAACCCCGGGGAGUACCGAAAUCCUGAAGCUGGAAUGUACUCGGAUGUCAUGGAGAACUUUUUGGAGUGAACACACCAAAAGCUUGUAUUAGAUGAUGGAAGUCAAGAAGGUGUAUGUAGGAAAAAACUUUACCUUUCUUUUCCGGUUCGAUGUUCUUGUCCUCUUUUUAAUCAUUCUCUAUGAUCUGAUCGUGAACUUUCCCAUAUUUGGUUUCUUAGUCUAUGUAGAAGCAGUAGAUCAGAUAGUUUUUAAAGUACAAUCUUCUGAACAUACUGCCGUUAAUUUCAUAGGUAGCCUAAUGGUGGAAAUUUGAAAGCAAGGAAUUUAUGUUUA